CUUCAUUAACGAGUAGCUAACAAUGCUAACUGAUUUGGUCACAUAAGUUAUUGUUUUCUUACACACGUGUUUAAGCCAUAUGAUUGUUUUUAUUAACCCAAUACAAGAACAUGUCUGACACCCUUAAUGGCGAAGAUAAGUUGGGAGCAGUUUUGUUUCAGGUUCAAGAGGAUUUGAGAAAACUCAAAUGUAGUCUUGAGAAUAUCACUACCAAUGAGAGGGGAAACACUCUGGACAUUCAAGCCUUGGAUGAUGCCAUUGGCAAAACAGAAAGUAUAAUCAGGAAGCAUGCAGAGGACCAUCUGAAAGCAGUCACUAAGCAGGUGCUGGUUCUUCCAAGAAUUGAAGACUUCGAAAAAAACAAACAGAUUCCAAAAUGGAAACCUGCUCUGGACAGUGUCCCAGAUGUGCGUCCACAAAGAGAAGACCUUCCCGGGCCUUCACCUGGGGAAAAGCACAAGUCAGCAUUAACCAUGCGUUUGCUGUGUAAUCCUACUCACCCAAACAACAGAGCCAUUUUGCAUCAGAAAUUUGGGAUAUCACUACCUGAUGUCAACAAGAGGAGUAUAAAUGCAGGAAAGCAUCAGAGAAUCACCACUCGCCCUGUGGUGAGUCUUCCUGCUAUUGAACCGAAGGGCCGAAAUAGCCUGGCAACACCUGAAGAAGACAUGGGGACAGAUACAAGUUUUCUUCAUGCGUCGAUCCAGCCCAAGGCUGCCUCUCUUCACCCCAGAGAUGAUUCAUAUUCUUCUAAGAAAGGCUCGAGGUCCAGGGGUCACAAGCAACUAAAAUUGGAAACCGAGCCUCGAUCCACCUGUAAAGGAAGUGAGUACACACCCUUCUGUACCAAGACACCGCCUCCCUCCACAGCCUCCACAAGUGUAGACCACAAGGGUAUGAUGCAAGGCACCAACAACCUUAUCCCUAAAAGCCCUCAGAAUUCACCUGUGGAUGUCCUAGUAAACAUCAGCAAAUACCCCUUUACCAUUAUAAACGGUCAAAUCAACCCGAUGGCUGCAGAUUUCUGUCACUUUAAGCAGAGCUUUAGCUUGUGUUGGAGCAGUGUGAUUGAUGCUCUGGAGGCCCUGACCAAGCUGCUCAGGGACUUUGCUGUGCCGCUAGCCAAAGUGAGCGGGGAAUGUCUGUUGGAGUUUAGCCACAGUUUGGAUACCGGUUGGAAAAAGACUCCUCCAGUGAUCGGCCUCCUCACGGUGCUUGAAAACUGGGAGGAGGUAUCAGAUCUGGUCUUACGCCCAGGUCAGCGCUACAAGGGAGAGGGGGGCAUGGAGGCGGCUGCCAUCCACAUCCAGUCCUGCUGGAGGCGCUACCUAGCCCGUACUGCCUACCUGAGCCACUGCAGGAGCAAGUGGGCGGCAGGCAUCAUCGCUGUCUCAUGGCUGCUGCACUCUCAGAGAAUCCAUGUCAGGGAGGCCCUGCAGGCUCGGCGUUUCAGACAAUUGGAGAACCAGCGCAGCAGAGCCCAGCAUCUGGCAGCCAACUGGAAACACAUCCAGUCCUCCAAGAGGACCAUUAUCCACAUCCCUUCAUUAGGAUACUCUCAGCGCCAGCGAAGACAUUUGAGGAAAAUUGACAUCCUGCAGAACGUCCAAACAGGCAGACUGUGUGAUGUUAGAGAUGAAAAUGUUGAGGUGAUCUACGUCUGUCCGAGACAUUUGGGGGAUGAUAUUCUGCACUACUACGCCAGCCUCCUGAAACUGGAUGAAGCAACAGUCGAGGAAGAUACCGGCACCGCUCAGGCCUCAUCCUUCUCCAUCAGUCGCUUCAUCAUCCUCACACCUGAGGCUGUGGAUUAUUUCCCGACCCACAACAUGUGCUUGUCCACGCUGCUAAAGUACAGUCCGCGCACUCUGAAGCGCAUCAGGAACCUGAUCCAGGGGAAGCAGGCCUAUAUUGUGGGCGGAGUGGCCCAUGUUGAUGACCUGGCAGUGGCUGAUGAGCUAGGAGUGCCAAUCCUGGCUCCAGAACCGGCUAUUUCACAGCUCUACAGCACCAAGUCCGGAGGGAAGACGAUUUUCACAGUGGCAGAGGUUGAUGUACCCCCUGGUCAAGGAGACAUCUACUCGCUAAACCAGCUUCAUGAAACGCUUGCUCGGCUCAUGACUCAGAACAUUGAUGUGCAGCGCUGGCUCUUCAAGAUGGACUCCGAGCACGGCAGCCGUGGCACAGCGUCCUGUGACGUAUGCCAUCUCAGCUGCUAUAAGGGGGCCCUUCAGGAAAGCCAUCGCUAUGGUCCUGAGCUCUGGCGCACAGAGAGGAUUCAGGAGUCUGUGCUGCCUCGAUAUUUAGAUGAAAUCCCAGAGUGGCUCGCCCGUUACGCCCAGCCUGCUAAAACCUCCCGCUAUUCCACCUGGGCCUGCUUCCUGGAGACCUUCCUCAGGCAAGGCGGUGUGGUGGAGGCCUACCCCCCCUCAGACAGUGUCACCUGUCUGACGGUAGAUCUGCUGCUGGAGCCCAGUGGUGAGGUCACCAUGCUGUCCUGCGGAGACCAGCUUCACGGCUCCUGUCAGCUGGAAGCUAUAGGCUCCACUGUCCCUCAGACUUCUGUACAGCCGGAGACCUUGCAAUCCAUCUGCAUGCGUGUGGGCCAGGCCUGUCUACAGCGCCUCAUCGUAGGGUAUGUCUCCGUGGACCUGGCUACCUUUCUGAACUGCAACACCAUGGAGCAAAAGGUGUGGGCUAUUGAUCUGGACCUCACAUACAGUGACCAGCUGGCCAUGACCCAGAUGCUUCUGAUGGUGACUGGAGGAACGCUGAAUUUCCGCACAGGCUGCUUAGAAGUGCCAAUGCCAAACAGAGAGAAAUGCUGCGAACUCCAGACUGCAGCCAAACCUCCUGUGGUUCAUCGUUAUGCAGUUAUUGGGAGCCACUUGUUUCACUCCAACCUUUCCAUGUUAUACCAUAAUGUGUUCCUUAUGGUGUGCAAGGCUCAUGGUAUAGGAUUUAACACGAAGAGGAAGCAAGGCACCAUUUUUGCUGUUUAUGACGGCAGUGAGAGAUGCAGGAUGGGAAUGAUAGCCGUCUCAGAGGAUCUCCAGGGAGCUCUGGUGACCUUUGCUCGGAAUCUGUCAGUCAUUCAUCAGGAGAUAUCGCCCUCUAAGAUGCAAGGAGAAACCAAUUUUAAGGAUCUGAUCAAGGAAAUACAAGACGUACUGCAGAUGACUGUUCAGAACAAGAUGCGAGCAGUGGAUGAUAAACCUGCUUCUUAAAAAGCUGUUUCACCAAUAUACUAACAUUACUCUUACCAAGUUAAGUCAUAUUUUCUUUGCCAGCUUUAUUGUGUUAUUGUACUUUGAAUACAUGAUUCACUGAAGAUGGAGAUUAUUGUUGAUAAAACUGAUUGCUAAAUAAAUUCCUGAAACAUUUUCAGAAUUUAUCAUGAACCUUUAUAAUAUUUUAUAAUUCAGCUUUAUCAUCUGUUUAAACUCCCUUAAUAUAAUUCAAUAUCGGAAAUGGAGUAUGGUGGAAGUGUGUCUCAUUGAUUAAUUUAAGUACAAUCACACAAUUUGCUCCAUAGCUACUAAAAAUAUCUUUAUAUUCUGUAGUUGGGUUUCAAGAGUUUGAACAUCAUCAUCUUCAAACCAAUGUACAUAUUUUAAUCAGAACAUUUACAAUAUGUUGUAUGCACAUUGGCUUGCAGACUGUUAAAUGUUUUUUGGAAAUAUUUCAGGAAAGGCUUCAGUGUAUUUGAGUGGAGUUUGUACUUAAAUGAGAACAUUGUUCAUCUGGUAAGGCACCAACAAAUCUUUCAUUGCUACUGGGAUCAGUUAUAACAGUUGCAAAGGUUUAUUUGAAUGAAUAGUAAUGAUAGCAAGCAAAUGCUUAUCUGCAUAUAUCUUAACAUAAAAAGAAGACGAAAAACUAAUCAGAAUGUGUAAAAGAAGACUGUUGUUAGUAAUAGUAUGUCAUUCAUUAAGCUUA